AUGGAGGAAAAUGAACCAGGAGGAAACGUUCACAGGCUGGUGAGAGAACUGGAGGAACAGGUGACACAUUUGCAAGCAGAACUACGAGAGAAAGAGUUGAGAGAGACCAGCUUACAUGAACAGCUGAAGAAAAAAGAACAACUUGAAGAAAAUUUAAGGAAACAAUCGGUUGAGAUGGAGCAGCAGCUGACAAACCUGCGUGGACAAGUACAAGAGAGAAAGGAACAACUACGAGAUAUAACUCAGCAAAUGACGAUUGUCCGAGAGCAGCUACAAGAUAAAAACGAAGAAACUGCUAAUUUACAGAAUCAAGCUACUGCCCUAAGGCAACAACUGGAGGAAAAAGACCAGGAAAUGAAUGAAUUGGAAACAACUCUUUCCACAGCUCAGGAUGAGUUACGUGAACAUCAACGACAACUGAUAGAUGUAACUCAGCAAAUGACGAUUGUCCGAGGGCAGCUACAAGAAAAAAAUGAAGAAACUGCUAAUUUACAGGAUCAAGCUACUGCCCUAAGGCAACAACUGGAGGAAAAAGACCAGGAAAUAAAUGAAUUAGAAACAACUCUGUCCACAGCUCAGGAUGAGUUAUGUGAAUAUCAACGACAACAGUCCCCUGAGUGGGUCAUUUCACGGGAUCACAUUCAGCUAACGGAUAGAUUUCUCGGCAGUGGAGGCUGGGGAAGUGUUGUCGAAGGCAAAUAUUGUGGUUGUUCUGUUGCAGUGAAACAGAUCCAUGAGUUGAUUCUCUCUCCUCACAACCGCAAAUUAUUUGAGCGAGAAAUAGAUAUUGCAUCAAGAUGCCGCCACCCUUGCUUGCUGCAGUUCAUCGGAGCUACAAAUGACGAAGGGAAUCCACUGUUUGUAACAGAGCUUAUGGAAACAAGUUUACGCACUCUGUUGGAACAGAGAGCUCUUUCUGAGGCAGAAUUGUCUUUUAUUUUUCUGGAUGUGGCUCGGGCGCUAAACUACCUUCACCAAAAGCAACCAUCUCCAAUUAUUCACCGCGACAUCAGCAGUGCGAAUGUGCUACUCUGGCGACAGGGUGAACAUUGGCGAGGCAAAGUGUCAGAUUAUGGAACUGCCAAAUUUAUGCAGCAGACCAUGACAGUUGCUCCUGGUGCCAUGAUAUACAGUCCUCCUGAAGCACUUACUAAAAAUCAAACCGUCAAGGUAAGCUGUAAUUGGUUUAUUGUAUGUAUGUGCGUAUUUCACGUGCAUGUAAAUUUAUGAAUCGACCUAAACUUAAGGUAACGAACAUAAAUUUUAAUUUUGUUAAUACCGUUAGAAGGUUGGGGCUUUUUAUUGUGUAGACGUAAAAUCAAGUAUUAUCGCUCAUCUUGAGAUAGGUAUGGAUCGAGACGUUCUGACUCAUUAGUAAGAACUAAGAAACUUUAGUGAAGUGCUGUGUUUUCCUCUCAUUUUCGUCCCUUAUCUUGUUCAGGUUGAUGUGUACAGUUUUGGUGUCCUCCUCUGUGAGAUGUGCAUCCGGGAACUGCCAAAUCCAGAAAGGCGUGAUCGGCAAGUCGCAAUGGUUAAAAACAAAUUGAAUCGAGCCCUUAUCCGAAAAUGUUUGCAACGAGAGCCUGAGGCGAGACCAAGUGUACAAGAGAUCAUUGAUGAACGUGAGCAAUCGAACAAAAGUAAGUUUGGUCGGUUUUGCUUUUAACAGAAUUAAUAUAAUUCUGCUACUGCCAAUGUAAUUGCAGUGGUACGUAUGCUACUGAAAGAAAUCUCAUAUGCAUCCCCCCCCCUCCCCUUCCUGGAAAUCAUAAGAUGUGAUUAGAUUGGUAGUUUCAGAAAUUAAUUUCAUUAUUAAGAAUUGGAGAAAGGCAUGAAAUUCCAAAGGAAUGGAAAAUGAUAGGAGUAUCGUCAACGAAAAGCAUUUCCUACCUGGGAGGCAUCCUCGGAGACUCAGGGGCUGUGAGUCGAUUUCAAGUCAGGGCGGAAGAGCCCCUGGGGACAUUGUCUUACAAGACUAGUUCCAAACGGUCGCAGUCGUUCUGGCAUCUGAUUGGUACCAGAAAAUCUUUGUGUUUUUCUGCCCAAUCAGAGUGAAGUAUGCUUUAGAGUCCUUUCGUGUGUUUUAACACGGAAAUGUACAAGAAGCUCAGUUGCUCGCCCUGUUUGUUUGGUCCGUGCGACGAAGCUUUUCCCUCGGUAAAAAGUUUCAGUCUCAGCACACAAUGUAAGAGAAACCAAUCAGAUUGUCCGCGAAAAUCUUACUAGAAAUUAUACUAAAUACUUUCGCAGGUAUCAAAAGAGAACGUAUUUAAAAGUUUGCAAGGUUCGUAUAAAGCACAAUGGUUGCAGGCGUUAAUAUGUCGCUUUAAACGCUAGACGAGAUGUAAGCUUAAAUCGUUCUAGAUUUCUCGUAUAAUUUGCUGCGACUGAAACUUUGCCAAUCCCGUGAAGUUAUUUUGUCGCACGGGCCACGCAGGUAUGUCGAGCAACUGGAAAAUGGCAGCAGUUGAAAAGAUGAAGCUCUUUCCAAACCCCGUCGGUAACUGUCCGAAAACAUCCCUCCUUCCCACAAUGUUCUCGAUAGAAAGUUUUUGUUCAGAUUUUGUUCGCCGCUAACCGGAAACACAGCUAAGCUUUCUCUAAGCGCUUGCUGGAGGUCGUCCACGAACUUAACGUUCUCUGCAACGUUGGCGCGCCAUAUUGUGAAAGACUUUACUACUGUGUAAGGGUUAGAUUUUGGCGCGCACAGAAAGCUACGUAAGCGUAAGCGCCAGUUGCUGCGACCGUUUGGAACUAGUCUUGUAAGACAAUGUCUCCAGGGGCUCUUCCGCCCUGACUUGAAAUCGACUCACAGCCCCUGGGUCUCCAGGGAUGCCUGGGCGGUUGACCUUUUAGUUUUAUGUAGAAAGAGUUUAUGAACGAUUUAAGUUUUAUGAUUUUUUUUUCGGUAGCUCAGUUGUACAAAACGCCCUCCCACCUUGAUUCAAAUCUUAAACGAAGACCAUUGUCGUAUUUUUGGUAAUGUUUGAAAUUAGGGGGAUGUUAUUUUAUAUUCCCAAGUUCUAGCUGAACCAUUCAUGGCACGUGCUUGAAUCUGAAUGGAGUGCGAUCGGUUUGAUUCCUAUAAUGCAUGUUACGUAUACCUUGCACUUUUAAGGUCAUUCGUAAUAUUGCAUUGGAUAUCCUUACUGCGCAUGAUUUCACACCUGACCACUGCGCACAGAUUAAAAAAUGGUGGCUUUUUCUUUGUGCUCGGCACUCUUCAAACGAGGAGGUUGAUCUAUCAUUUUUUCUCUACAUUGGUGUUGGGCACGUAAUAUCUUUCCGUGAAAUAAAUAUAAACGAAUUCUCUUCGUAGGAAAAGGAAUUCAAUUUUGGAAAAGCGAACGUAGUAGGAUCCGAUAACUAUAAUCUUCAGUGUAUUUUAGUAAUCAUAUGGUACGUAUACUAGGUAAUGCAGCUCCUAAACGAAAACUGGGACCUGUAUUUUUUUUAUUUCAAAAUUUACAUUCCUUCAAGGUGAACAAUCAGUAGGUAGAGUUUGAAAAAAAUCUCAGUGCAGGUUCUUUAUCAGAGGACUGACCUUAGAAUCACACACCAGGUACUUCGAAAAUAGAAAAUUCACAUAGAAAUAAGCUUUAAUGCACUUCAUUCGGAUAACAUAUUGGUCACAUGGUACUUUUUUUUUAACAAAACGUGCUUUUCAGAAGUCCACAGAAAAAAUAAAUAGAAAUGUUAACGAGGGAGUUUAUGGGUAAUGUAAAUACAAAUUAUCGAUAAAUUUCUCCUGUGAGAACUAUGUUUACUCCUCGUUCUACAAAUUACAACCUACGUGAUCGCCACAUCCUGUCAGUUUCUCAGCCGAGAACAACAGUGUAUGGUCUAUAUUCAUUUAAUUACCUAGCUGCUAAACUAUGGAAUUUCCUAUCUGAUGGCCUGAGAGCUUGCGAGGAUUUGUAUGAAUUUGAGAAGAAAAUUCUUAGUUUUGUCAAUUUUAACAUUUAGUAUCACAAGCAUUUAUUUUUAUAUCUGUUGUAAAUUGUAUCGUAUUUUAUAGUACUUUAUAUUUUAUUAAUGUAUUAUUUGAAAGGCAUGUAAAUUUUAUAUUGUUAUUAGAAUUUGUAUUUUCAUUGCAUUUUAUUGUAUUUUAACAGGAAGACGUAAGCUUUGUAGCUACACUCAAAUUCGCAUUACAACUUCACGUCGAUUGAAGUGAUUCAUUCAGAAAUGGGUGUUACCGCUGGAUUUUGUGCAUAGAAGGCUCGAUUUAUUCCUUUGGGUAUUCACUUCGGGGGGACACGUAGAACCGCCGAAAGCGUAAUGACUAAGUUCGGAUUCGGUCGUUCUGGGAAAUGAGAGAUCUUUUGGAGGAAGACUCAAAGGAAUGAAAUAAUAGCGCAAUUAAGCGAUCUCGAGCGGCAGCGUUUACAAGUGUAUAUCCUUUUUGUUUUCACGUGUCAAUGAACUCCAAAUAAUCAUUGAAAACAUUUAUGCCCUCAGGUUUUUUCGCUCAAUGUUUUUCAAGUUUGACUUGUAUUUAUUAAAACAGAGCAUUUAAGAGCUUUAAAAAGAGAUUUUGAACGAGCAUAUUUGAUGAUUGUAGGCCCAGUUGGUAUUUUACUUCUUGUUAUAUAUUGGUGUUUUAAUUUUUUGCGCAGCCAUCUUUUACCGGCGCGUGAGAAGCAUGACUUCGGAAGAAUGACUGCAGACAUUUCAUGCCUUCAAGCUUUUUUCGCCAAAUGUUUUCAAUUUUGAUUUGCGCAAAAUAGAAAAGGGCAUUUUGCGAGCUCUAUAGAGAGACCUUUGAACAAGGCGAGUGUGAAGCGUGUUUGCAAGUCGUGCAUUCUCGAACAUUUUUAUUAGAGUGGUUUAGCAAUAGGACGGGAACGUUAUUUCAGAGCGGCGCGCACAGCAAAAAUGUCGAUAAGAAACUGGGUCGAGAACGCCGUCGCGUUGUGUUGAAAAGUGAUUUAGCAGUCGUUGCAACGAGAAUCCUCACCUCGGCUUUUUAAAGAUCAUCAUCUUUGAAUAUUCAGUUUUAUAGACCACUCUAAGGACAACAAAAUUAUCUUCUUAGAGAGUUAUGUAACAAGCGCAAAUAGAGGAUAGUUAUAGAUACGGCAUGUAAGUUGUUAAAUCCACAUGGGCGAUUAACCUUUGAAACUAUUCCAUUCCAGUUUAGUCUCGAGUCUGCCGAUUCAUCUAUCAAAUUUUUAAGCCCACCAAAUAGUUUUUUUUCUAUGAUUUGUGUCGCUGUCAUUUGUUUCGUGCUACUAGAUUUCAGCACUACUCGUUUUUCUUCAUAAUUUUGUAAAGGAUAAUUUGGAAAUCGUCGUCGUUUUUCCCCUUGUUUACGGAAUAUUCUUCUCAAUUAUAACAGGACAUCUCUUUUGAGCACCAUCUUCUUAGAGUUGAAAUGCAUUUUGAACGGAAUUAUCGGGAGUUAUGGCGAAACCAUGUAGAAACCAAGCGACCCAAUGAUGGAGUUGUUUACGAUGAGUUCCUAUUUAUCCGUGAAAGAAUGAAAUUAACUCAAACCAACGAAACGGUUAGACUUAGGAAUAAGACUUCGUUCCUGUUUAUUUUUUUUCCGUUUUUGUUUAUUUUAAUUUUUUUUAACGAAUGAAUUCGUUCAAGACUGAAUCAAAUUAAUCGAUUUAGAAAGCCGUGCCGAAAUCAAGUUGAUCGUCAUGUCAUUUUAUUUCUAAGCGAGUGCAUGACUUUCUUGUCUUAGUUUUCAUCAUCGCUGAUCAAAAAUUUCAAACAUAAAAAAGUGCAUACCUGAGCUAUUCUCAAUUUUGUUUCAUAUCUGACUUCAAUUCGCAGAAAAGUUUUCAAUCACGGUGAAAACGACAAUAACAAAAAAUCACACUGAAUAAUACAGUUGGUAAGCGUCGUGAUAUUUCAUUUUUAUAAACUUCAACAUGAAGCAAGUUUAAUUUAUUGAUGAAUUAAUUCAUGAUAAAAUUAAAAGCGUCCCAUUCUUAGAGUUUUCAUACAGGAAGAAAGAAAUGUAUCAAAGAACAGCCCUUUCGCUGUUUUAAGCCUUGUUCAAAUCCCUCUAAUAAUCGCGUGCCAGAUCGCAAUCCAAAUUUACAAAAGUCUUAUCUAAGAAAAUAUAUAGCUUCAAGUCUGACAGUUCUUAACACAUUUUUGCGAAUCUGAAAUUCAUCAGAAGCCCUUGAAAGCAAUUGCUGGAGGAAGUGUUUGUGGGACGGGUGCGCACGCGCGCUGUUUUUGUCAAUUUAACUCCAAACUUCUGUUGUUUACAUUUAAGCAAAUUCGGCGUUCCUUGCUUUGUGGUUAAGAAUUUAAAAGCAAAAUUUUGCAGAAUUGAAGUUAUUUUUUUUUUUGGACGAUAAACAAAAGAAAAUUGCUACACCUCAUUAAAGGGCGUUCCGAUUUCUAUAGCGGUCUUAUAUAUUCAAGUGAAAUCCGACGAGAACCUAAACAAUAGCAUGAAUAUAUGAAUACUUAACUAACUACAAACGUGGGUACACACUUAAAUCGACGUGAAGUUUUAAUGCGUGUUUAGAUAAAAUUAAUGUAUGUAUGUACGUAUCGUGUGGACUGGUUCUUGCGUCAGUGUGUCUUCAUCGAGUUAUGAAGCGAGCAGGUAGUUCGGAGAGCACAAAAAAUGAGUAACGGUUGCUUGAGGCACAGUUAAGAGCGACUUUAUCUUCUUGAGUGCUCUCCAAACUUACCAAGGGCGAUAAUUCGAUGAACGCACAACCAUACAUCAACCAAGCGUUUAACAAAUUCACGUUGUUAUUAUUUCAAUGUACAAUAAUCUUUUAGGGUUAGACUUAAAUACAGACACUCAGGAUAAAAUAGCGAGUAAAGUUCUGUUGUUGUGUAGGCUGUUUAGAUUGCUGUAUCAACUUUCUUAAGGCAUUAUUCCCCAUGAACUAAGGGAGACGUUACACUUUAUUUCAUUAAACUUAUGUGAUUGGUCAAUGUCAUUGAGUUUUCUCUCCAAGUUUAAGGUGCAAAUAAAUGGAUUUAAUCUCAAAGAUUAAAAAGCCAUCUGAGCCAUCUUCUCUUAGGGCGAAAGUGAACUCUUUACCUCUGAACACUUCCAUAUUAAAAGAUAAAACAUCUGAAUCCCGCUUCAAAGACUUGACAGUUCUAGUUCAAAUUCCUCACCCCACCCGGGCAAGGUUCAAACUCUUCACCCCUGGGCACGGACAGCAUACAAGGAUCGCAAUAGGCCAGUGAAACGUGGUCAAGUGACUAGCUGUGUUAAAUGGGUGUUUAACAUUCAAGUAAUUCGCAGAAAGAAAAGUUUUCUAUCAAAUAGAUGACUUUCUCGAACUUUAUACAUGCUCUAAAUAUAUAAUUGAUCGGAAAGGCAAACAUUUCUCUAGGUUGCUAGAACUGCAAAAAGUUGCCCCAAACGCUAAAAGUUGCUCCGAAGCUCCUUGGCACAAUCGGGACAGGCCAACAGAUAACUCAAAUCCCCGCGGACUCGAACUAUUUUCCAUUUCACUCGGGGGUUCGAAUUAGUGGAUUGUGCUGUAUUUUAUUAGGAAAUCAGGAAAGACUCGUAAAGGGGCACCUAGCUCUCCGCGGCUUGGAACUUGGAACCAAAAUGUGAGUAAAACAAGCUUGAAAACGCGAAAAAUGAAAACUCUUUGGAAAGUGAAAAUAGUUUGAAAUAUAUGUGACCCGAUUUGAAAAUUUGAAAGCAAUGGUGAUGCUGCAGAAGAAAGAUAAAUCUCGGCUGUGACGUGCUGGUUCUGCAAUCCGCCCACGAGUGUGAUGAUCUUCGGCUUUGACUCAGUUGAACGCAAUCUUUUAUUAAUUGCAAUUUUCAAAGGAACUUUCUCUUAACAAUUAGUUGACGUAUGGAUGUAGAAUGAUCUAAAAGUAUUCAUCAGAAAUCGAAAUCAGGUACGGAUCACAUAAAACCAUUAUCACAAGGAAUAAGAAAAGGCACGUGUGAAUUGUGGACCAAACUUUCCGUUUGGGAGAUGACGUAAUGUAAAGUUUAAAAUAGCUCAUACCUAUUCUUCUUAAGAACGAGGCAAGGGAAAUUCCCAGAAAAGAUGGCGUUGUUCCUCCAUUUUCAUUGUGAUCAGUGCAUGGUUUGUUUACAGUGAAGGUGAAAUCGUCGUUCCUGUAUCCUCAACAAGAAAUGGAAGAUCUUAGAAUUAAGUAUAUUCUUCUACGUGAUCGUGUCGGACGCUCAGUUGAAAAAAAUAUGUUGUCGCUCGGCCUUACGACGAAGUCUACGCCAAUACAAGUUUUGCGAGGCGAGUUAUUAGAAAGUGUUCCUGAGGCUGAACAGCCUACAGACUUAACUAAAGUUGCUGUUGUUGGAAUUGAACGUAAAUCAUUACGUCUUGAAUGCCCUACGGAGGAUAUGACUCGACUAUCUGAGGAAGAAAUCAACUUGCUUUUAGCAAUUACUUCAUCUGAAGGAAGAUACCAAACGUAUAUAGAUAGAAAACGUUUGGCAUUUGGUCGACAAUUGUCACCCGGAAGUACAGUUUUCGUUGGAGUGAAGGGAGCCUCAAAGGUUUUGCCUGGUGUUGUAUGGUACAAAGGUAUAUUACCACCCAGCCUGGGAACUUGGUUUGGAGUUGAACUCACCGUAAGUACUCGUGCACUAGUUAAGUCGUGUCGCUGUAGGUAACAAUGUACGUUAUAUAAAUUUCGUACGAACAGCAACACACCAGAAUGUACGAAAUUAUCAUGAUGAUAACAUUUUUUUAGUUAACCUGAUCAGACUUACUGAAGUUGAUUUCAACUCCUAGAAUCUUGUCUUUAAUGUCUACCUUCCUAGAAGACUGAAGGGAAGAUUUGAAUGAUUCAUUGACACUAAUUCGGUUUCGCUUUCGUUGUAGGCUCAUAAGUUUUGAUGCGCCUGCGUUUAGUUUUGAGAAUUCACCCCUCUUGAUUUACCAGUAAGGACAACUUCAUGUGACAUGGCCUUCCUUUCCAGGAUUUAUAACUCAACAGUAAACAGUGUUGUUGUUUCCUUUGUAUGUGCUUUUCAUAAAGAACAAAAACAACCCAAGAUAAAAGUCUUAUUUGUGUUAAGUUUUAUCAAGUAGCAUGGAAACUGUCACUCCACUCUCUAGUGAAUUUUUGAAGCUAUCUUCCAAUUUUUUUUUACUGAAAUAGCUGGGAAGGUUACAAUUCCGAAAUAAUAACUGUCAUGAAAUAUAAGUAAAGUUUGUGAACAAUAUGUAAUUGUAAAAAUUUCCCUUCAAACAGUCAUGUACAUGGUGUCAUCUCUCUCUAAGAAUAUGUUAUGUUUUCUGUUAAGAUUUCAUAAUCCAGUUUUCUGGACAUGUACUAUAUGUUUUACACUGGAUGUUGAACAGUCGGUUUAGGAUAAAAUUGAUUUGAUUAUGUUGCAUGCAUGUUAAUGAUAAUGAAGAUGAUAAUGAUGAAAAUCAUAAUAAUGACAAUAAUCUUCAAUGUUAAUGAUUAUGAUCUGUGGUUUAACAUAUCUAGAAACAUCCAGGGUCAGGGACAUGUGAUGGAACAUUUAGAAACAAGCGAUACUUUACCUGUCUGCCAGACUCUGGAGUUUUUGUUGGACUGGACAAAUUGACACCUAGAGAAGAUGAAGAUGACUUGAAAUCUUCAAAAAUUGCAAAAAAAGAUGAAAAUAUUCGGGCUAAACUGAAAUCAAGUCUUAAGGAUUCAAUAUCAUCAUUUUGGAAGGGAAAACAUGAGCAGAGGUCAUUUCAAGGAACUAAUGGAGUGCUUGAGAUUGAUGAACGAGUUGUGACAUUUAUUAAAGAUAUUCCAGCCAGAGGAACUGUGCGAUAUAUUAGUGAGGUUGAUACAACUGGAAAUGUUAACAUAACUGUAGGACUAGAACUGGUAGGUAUUCUUAAUUUUUGACUCAAUUGUACAUGUCUUAGUAAAUGGAUCUAGAGUACCACUCAAAAGUAAGUAAACAGUCUUGACUCAAAACUAUUGAGAAUCCAGGAUCAAGAAUUGAGGCUUGAGCUAUAAUAAUCAAGUAGCGAGUUGCUUGAGCAACCUCUUGAGGAUCUUGAUCUGCAAUUGUGAGGAAACUAUUUAAUUCUUGAACCUAAACCAUAAGUGAAGGACAUAGCGCUUGCCACCCUGCUUUAUGACACAGCCCACUUGCAUGUAUGCAAAUGUUUUCAUUUUAAACAGGGCAGGAGCUCAUAUCAAGUCACUCUCUACCUUUUUUAAUUCUAAAAACAGUGCAAUGAAUACAAUGCAACAGUGCAUGAAUAUUCACCACAAUUAAUUGGAAAAAAUUGAACUUUGGGUGCCAGGAGUGAUGUCAGUUUCCUUGGUUUCUUAAUCAUCCACAAAUCUAAAACUGAGCCAUAAAUAUAUCUUAUUAGAUGUUUUGGUGUGUAGUACAUGUAUUGCGGAGUAUUUGUACGAGUUGUGCUGUAUUUUGAUGAGCCUGUAGGGCAAGUCAAAAUACAAACAAAAAUAGUUUAUUGAUUAUCCAACUGCUUUUUUUUCUGCUAUGUCUUUCUGUUCAUUUCUCAAAAGGUGGGAAAAACAAAGUGGAUAGAGAAACAUAGUGGGCAGACGACUGGUUUAACUGGUUUUUUCAGUACAAAAGAACCAAGUGUCCAUUAAUAACCAUUCAAUAUCAAAAGAUAUUUGUACUUUAUUCCUUGGUUAUUUGUACUCUACUUUGUGCAGUUGGGUAAUAAAUAAUGGUAAGCAAGUGGAGUCUUAUUUGGUCUGUAAUCAUUUGAGUGAUUGACAAAAUCAGAUGGCUAUGGAGUCUGAUUUAUCAAUUACCAGUAUGAUUAUAGACAGAAUUGGACAGCACAGAGUCCUGUUGCCAAUUAAUCAUAACCGUUACAAUUUCCGAAAAAAAAGAAAAAUUUUAGGACAAACAUCUUUGGUACAGAAAAUGUCUAAUUAAAAGUAAAAAGUUUCUUCAGUUCGGAAAUUCCCUAGGUGUAGGUGCUUGUUGCUAUGGUUAUCAUGAUCAAUUCUGUGAUUGCUUCAACUGUCCUAUUACAGAUGUCUGAUAACGGCCAACUGUCUGAUUACACUGUGCAAUUACAACUGUAGAGAAUGAUAAGUGAAAAAUAAAACAGCUAAUCUACCAUCACAUCUGAGGAAAUUGUAAUGGUUAUGAUUAAAAGUUAAACAAACAUUCCCAUGGAAACUUUGAUUUAUAGCAUUCGUUAAUAUUGUGUAACUUCUUGUUAGUAAUGCUCUGACAUGAAAGCGGAUAAUCUAAAGCUGUAAUUCUUGCAGAAAUAGUUAAAAUUGAAGAUAGGUGUACGUAGAUAAAUUGCAAUCAGUCGAUGGAAUGAAAUGAAGCACUCAGUAAGCCAUUAUAUUUCAACUUUCUUUCCUCUUUCAGGAUGAAAGAGUGGGAUCUGGUUGUGGUAAAUUAUCAGGCUCUCAAAAGUUUAUUUGUAAAAGAGAUUAUGCAGCAUUUGUACCACUGACAACUGUCAUACCAGAAAAGGACUUUGAUGGUAAUCCUGGAAAAGCUGCAAAACAAGAAGCUCAUGGAAAGCGGGAGCAAAUUCAUGAAGAUGAAAUGCAUACAAAAUCAAUGAGCUGUGUUAAUGUACCAUCAGGUAGACGAAUGAUUUGAUAUCUCAGUUGUUUUAUAAAUUUGUUAUUUACUUAGUCAAUUACACCAUGCUCAAUGAAGCAGAAAAUCACAAACUGUGAACUGAUGUCUCUUUUACUUCAUUCCCUCAAAACAUUCAGAUGAUGAGAAAUUGUUCUUCCAGUUAAAAAAAAGUGUAUGAAAUUGAAACAUUCAAUUUUUGCCUUGGACAUUUUGAAACACUUAAGCUUUAGGUGUAUGGUGACAUGGUGUCUUAGAGUGUAUUUUUUCUGAAUUGUGAGGUCUUUUUCAGGUAGAAUCAUUAGUAUGAAUGGUUUGCAACAGAUUGCUUUGCAACUUUGCUAUUAGUGGGGUCAGAAUGAAUGCAGGGAUCGACCAACCCUGUACCAGGCCCCUCAAGGGGCAUGUUGUUUUACAUGGCAUUGAUCUUUGUUGUUGUUUUGUGAGAUGCAGAGUCCAAAAAAGUGUUGCAAAUUAUUUUAAAGUUGUAUGUUUGCUUACCUUUUUCGCUUUCUGAUGAGAUCAUUGAUCUGUGUGGGGAUGUGUAAGUAAUUGUAGACUUCCUGAGAGGUACAAAAUUUUUACAAAAACCUUUUAUUUCCAAUUUAUAAGUUUGUGUAAACUUCCUUAAUAAGUUGUCGUUCAACUUCUGUUUCAUCCAUUUCAUGCAACCUUGAUUUUUUAAGUUAUCGAGUCUUGAAAAGCUUCACAAUUGUAUUAAAAAGUGUAUGUUUGCAAACCUCUUUUUGCUCUGGUGGGCCAACUGGAACACAUUCACAACUGAAGAUAUCCUGUAAGUUAGGAACAAUUUAUAGGAAUUUUUUUAAUAACAUUUUGCAUUAAAACAUUUUGUUGGUGACAUUAUCAGCUUCCACCACUGUUGUAUCUGUGUUUUCUUGAUAUGAAAUUCCACCUGAUUAAUAGCUUUACUCUUUAAUUUUCCUCAAAUCACUGAAGAUGCUCAAAGUCAAUUUAAUAUAAAAGUUUGUUGCAGUUACCAGAUAAUCUCAUGCUACCAGAAGCCAUUAAUUAAAUGCAAGGGAAUGUGACCAAAAACUAUCUCAUUAUUCAAAAAAGUGCUAAAAUUGAUUGUUCAGAAGCAAAAAAAAAUUAACAAAUUUCUAGCAUUUACGAGACCUGGGCAAUUAAUUCACCAUGCUGGAAUGGAUGUUUCCAUCACUUCAGGGUCAUAACAUUGCACAGCAUAGUGUUUAAAAUUUUGAAAAUUGAAUAAUUAUAGGACAAAAUUGUUGAUUGAAUAAUAUUUUACAACAUAUCAGUGCUUAAAAUGACAUUUAUCAGUCCAAAGAGAAGCCCAAACGUUGCUAAGCCUUAUUUGAAGUCAGCUAGUUUUGUUUUUAUUUUUCAGCAUAAGUCAUUUUACCGUUUGAAAAUCACAUUUUCUGUUACUCCAGAGCUAAUUCCAUCCUGUCAAGUCUUAAAUUUCCAUUAUUUUUGGAACUAAUUAUUUUUUGGAAUGUAUAGUGUUCAUUUGAGCUCCAAAAUCAAAAGGUGUAACAACUUAUCAUACACUUCUGCACAAGCCCAUGAUUUGCAAAUAAAAGGAUUAAGUUAAAAUUUUGUACUUUUCUGGAUGCCUAUGGUCAUUUUCACAUUCCCACACAGAUCAACGAUCUCACUGGCCCAUCAUGAAAAGAAAAAAGUUUGCAAAGAAAAAAGUUUGCAAAGAAAAAAGUUUGCAAAGAAAAAAGUUUGCAAAGAAAAAAGUUUGCAAACAUACAACUUAAAGAGAAUUUGCAAGGUUUUUUUGACUCUGCAUUUGUCACAACAGCUACAAAGAUAGAGGCCAGGCAAAAUUUGCCUUCGGAGGGACCUGAUACAGGGUUGGCCAAUCCCAGCAUUCAUUUGGAUGCAGUAUUAGCAAAGUUGCACUAUGUUAAUUAAUUUGUGAAAUUGGAAAGGCAUCCAAGGGUACUUUUAUCAUUGUAGUGUAUAGAACAGAACUUGAAGCAUUGUGGUGAGGAAAGCUUAGUGGAUUUGUUUUGUAUCUUUAUCCUAGGUACUAGUACGGAGUCUGCCAGAAAACUAAGAAGAACAAAUUCGAUGACGUCUGCUGAAACAGAACUCAUAAUGGCUGCUGGAGAAUCCAGCAAAACUGAUCCACAGGAGUUUAUAGAGAAACAACGUCAAAUGCUAAGGGAGUUCGAGGGUAAAAACCUGCCUGACAAUCAAGAUAAUGAUGUCAUCAUGCACGAUGAAGAAAGGACAGACAGUGCCGAAAAUUUUCACUUUAAAGAUGAUCAUUUUAAAAACACUCCCCAAGACAGGUCUGUUAAUGAGGGGAAUAAGAUAAUUACAGAGCAGCCUGGUUUAUCAAAUGGUGACCGUAAUUAUACCAAUUUUAACCAUCAAAACACUACUCAGGAACAUGAUGACUAUGUAAACAUUGAUAAGGAUGGCAGUGAAACCUGGAUUAGAAAAUGUGAAAGACAGGGUAAGUGUGAAGCACAUGAUAAUUUUUAGCUAUUUGCUCAAAAAUCCCAUUUGAAAACCUGUACAUUUAUAUUAUUGAGAAAUAUAAUUGUGUUUGCUUUUUUCUUACAUACCAAUCAUUACACAUAACAAUCUUGACUAUAUGAUAUUAAUUAACACAAAAUCUGCAAAGAACAUCACAUUGAUUUUGAAACAAGAGAUUAUAUUUACUGGACUUCAUGUUACCUAAAUGCCUCUAAGAUCUAUAGUUGUUGUCUUAUUUAUAGUCCAUUUCUGGCAUAGAUUUACAUAAAUUAAAUGGAACUCAAAUACUAGUGAUGAACUACCAAACAACACUGCAUCCACAGAUUCAUACUCUCCAUUAUGUGUAAGCAUAUGCAACUGAAUUGUUGAAUUAUACUCAUUUAACAAAUUGACCCCCCUAGUAAAGCAUUGUUAUAUGAGCUGUUUUGAAUUAUUGGAAAAACUUGAAAUAUACAUACUGCAUCCCAUCUCAUUCCAGUUUCAAAAUUUUCAAGCCACGCUAACUUUUGAAUUAAUUCUCAAACACAUUGACUACAAAGAGAAGGAAAUUUAGGUUUUACCAUCACUGAAAAUAAUUUGUUCACUCUCCAAUGAAGAAGCUGUUCAGUUACUCUGUUUCCUCAUGGACAUCCAUUCCUAAGUUAGCUUAAGUUACAAUUAGAACCACUGUCUUCAUAAGCAUAAGUGUCCUUAUGUUGGUAGCAAAUUAAUAUUAAGGUGAUUCCUCAUGGAAAAAAAUUUUUUUUAGCUUUCCUUAAAUGUUCCCUACCAAUGUCUGUUUUAAAUAAUACAGUAUAAUGAAAAAGUUGGGUCACUGUGCUUGUUUAAGAGAUAUGAUGGGCAUAACUUACCCCAUUAAUUCCAGAUACUGGAACUAAUCACAUGCAUUAUUUCAUUGAUACACAGUACAUCUUGCAGUACCUGAAAGCAAGGGUUUAGAAAAUAACACUUACAAAAAAAACACACAAUUGGAAGUCUCAAGGGUAAUAAAGAACAAUUUUGCAUAUCGUUUAUGGAAAAAUUGCUCAAUUUUAAAUGACAUUGGCUCAAAACAUUCCUCAAGUCAUUGCUUUCAGGGUCAUAAUUUGCAUCCUUGAGUAAUGGGCCUGGUGCCUGUGUAUCUUUUUCCCAUUGAUGAAUUUUUUUCAGUUUCUUCUUUUUAAUGGUGGUAAUUUCUUUAUGCACAGUAGAGGAUGAGCAGUACAUUACUGAGGAAUCACCCUAAGUGUUAUUCCUCAGUAAAUUAUGGGUAUAUCAUAGUUUAAGAUUAAUGUUUUAUCCUCUUAGUGUGAAAAUAAGGGAUAAAUAAUGUCCUUUGGGAAGAAGAAACUUUUCCGUUGAAAAAGAAGUAUCCAUUUCAGAUGAUCAUAAUUUCUUUUAAUGAUUUCUUUGGACAGAAGAAUCUAAGGAACAUGUACAACCUGCCACACAUUUAACUUCUCACCGAUCACCAACCUCUAAAGAUGAAGUGAAGCAGUUACAGCAAGGAGCACAUAGAAAUAAUGGAUCUGUGGUAACAGCCAAAUAUGUCUCGGAUAGAAAGUCAAGUGAAAUUGAAGAAGCUAUGGAAGUGGAAAUGGAAAAGGAAAUGUCUUCUAAAGACCCUUCAGAAAAGCCGUAUUCACACUCACAUGCAUCUGCAUUGCCCAGAAAUGAUUUGGCAGUUAACAAUGGAACUGGUUGGUACUCAAUAUAUUUUUGUUAAUUUUUGGAAUUAAUUAAAUGUAUAUUCAAUGCUGAUUUGUUACCAUAGUCAAACCUGUAUUAAGGGCUGGUUUUCAAAGUCUCAAAAUUCUUGAACAUUGUAAUUUUCAUCUUUUUUAAGCAAUUAUGGUCACCCUUUACUUGAGUCCCAAUGGCCUGUUUUUAUCGCUUCCUACCUGUAUUGAAUGGUUGCUCAAAAUGGGACCACUUGAAUAAAACCAAGAAUAAUUUUUCAAGAAAAAUUUAACCCAUUAAAAUUAAAACAAUUAGUAGUAUUUUGAGCAAGUUUUUGUAGAAUUAGUGGUCAGUUGUAGAAUGAAAUGGAGUUUUAUACAAUACCCUUUUUCUGUGGAACCUGUAUCAAGUGGUCAACCUGUAUUAAGUGGUCACCCUGCUAUUCCCUGUGGGUGACUGUUUAAUACAGGUUCCACUGUAUUAUGCACUUCUGCUCUAGAAUAUUUAAUGGAAGUGCAUGUACUGUAGUAAUGCUGGUGACUGAUCCCCCAUAUAAGGAAGCAUCAAGAGAUGUCUCGAAGUCAUCUUCAGAAUUAAUCUACUUACCACAGACUUCAUUUAGUUAAGCAGUUUUAAAUUGUGAAUUGCAGCCAUCAGGCUGCUUAUUUAUUGCAAGAUGCAAAGACACAGAAGGUGAUUUAGUUUUCAGUGCAUUUGGGCUUAUAUGUUUCUCCCCUACUCAGCUUAAUUUAAUUUCCCUUUGAUACUCUUAAGUCAAAGGAUAUAGGGGGGACCUGGCACAAUACUUUUUAUUUUUAUUAGGUAUUGGUAUGUAUGUUAGCUGCUUCUGAAAUAGAUUUGAAGAGUAGAAAAAAUGCACAACACGGAGAGUUUUUUAGGAACUAAUCCAAAUGGGGACCUACUCUUACAGGGCUGAACAACAAAAAUGAGAUGUACAUAAACACAUCUGGGGCUCUGCCUUGAGGCUUGACCAAACCUGUACUUUUUUCCACGUUAUUAUAAGUGAAAAUUUUUUGAAAGCUUAUGAAGGGAGAGAGGGUGUAGGAGAAAGUAGGAGUGCCUUUUUUAUGUGAAAGUUUAUUACAACUGUAAGAUUAAAGGUAAAUACUGUGCUCAAGCCAAGUAGCCCACUUAGCAGGAGCUUAUUCCAGUUUCCUUAGCGUGAAGUGACUAGCGGCAUCACUUCUCCCCUCCCCCUGGGAUGGGAUGCUAGCCCAAGGCAAGGUUACCCCUCACCCCCCCAGAACAUUAUCAGGUUUCCCUGAUAAUAUACUGGUACCUAUUUACAACAUGCCUUAUGCCAUAUCUUAAAAUCAAAAGUUCAAAAAUGGGGAACCAGGUUUUGACACCCUAACCAGUCCACUUGGUUUCUUUAGCUGAUAGUUUUUUUUAUAUAAUUCUCAAAACAUGUGAAACUCCCAUCUUUAAUGAAAACAGAAGAGCUUGAUGGGCCUGUUUACAUGUAGUUACUGAGACCCUCGAGAAAUAGGCUCUAGAUCUCCAACCCAGACCUGUUCACACCAGAGUCCAGCACACUUACCACUAGACUGCCAUGUCUUCCACUAUCACAACUUCAAUAAAGACAGUGUUGUAGACAGUUUGCAACUGGUUAAGCAUUAUUUUGCUAGCGACCAGUAAUUAUUGUAAUAGUUAAAUUUUUGCUGCAGGUGACAGUGGCAUUGUGUCAGUUGAAAACCAUUAUGGAAUGGAGGUUGGAUCUAUGGUAGAGGUUCCUAUGGCACAUGGUGUUCCAAGAUAUGGUGUCAUUCGCUGGAUGGGAAAUAUGCCACAAGUGAAGGAAAAGGUGGUAGCAGGUCUGGAAUUGGUGAGUGAGAUUUCUCAGGCUCAGCCAGAGUAAAAACAUUGUGGUAAACCAUAGAUUUUGUUUUGUAGCACUUUAUUUAUUAUUAUAUCACCAACAUUUAUUCUGUACUUUCUUUCCUUGAAGGAAGAGGAGGAGUCUGCAUGUUCAGAUGGGACUUUUAAUAAAGAAAGAUAUUUCACCUGCCCAGGAGGAAGAGGUUUCUUUGUUUUACUGGAGAAUUGCCGACCAGAUUCCCGUUUUGCUAACUCACCAACCACUGAUGUCGGUUUAAAUGCUGAACAAGGUAAACAAGCCAAAUUUGAAAACUGUACAGAUAAUUAUGGCGAAUGUUUCGCGUUCAACGUAUAUUGGAGCCACAGCCCACUACUGUGAACCUUCCAAUCAUGCAUUACACAAUACUUUUAUUUAAAGAUGUGGACCUGUAUUUUAUUUGAUUAUUUAUUCCUGAAUGUGCAGAUAUUGCAGAUGUUGAAUAUUGUUCUGGAAGGGCACAAAAUUGGUUUUUAUCAUUUAGUUGAUUCUCUUGGAAAAAACUUAAUGUUCCACAGCUGCUUUUAUUAGAUAUUUAAGUUUUUUUUAUCACCAGUUCAGUGCCUGGGUACUUUUUAACAGGUACAUAUCUUGCACAAAUGAUAUCAUGAAUAUUUGCCCUUGUGCAACUUGUUUUGAUAAUUUUUUUGUACCCCAUUGUCUCUUCUCUCUUGUCUCUUUCUAUUUUUUUUCGCACAUCUCCUUUAAGGUUAUUUCUUAAAGGAGAUGUAUCCCCUGAAACCAUGUAACCUUUAUGCCAGUCUUUAUAAAUAUAAAUGUAGGUGAAAUUGUGUAAUGGAGUGCCUUUCGAGUUUCCACAUAGUGACAUAACAUUUCGAAGAUAGUCUUCAAAUGAGCUAAGAAUGCCUCUACAGGGGCUGCUAUUUUCAUCAUGCUGAGAAAUGUGUUUGAUGAAAAUGACAAUUUUUUUGCGAUAACCUGAACAACAACUGUUUGUGAACUGGCCAAUGUGGCUUUGUGUCUGUAUCUCUUUAUUUAUUGAUAACAAUUUUAAAAAGAUGAUUUUAUUGAGUUACUUUGUAUUAAUUAUUUUUUACCUUAAUUUUGAUUGAAUGAACAAUUGACUGUUUUCAGACUUUGGAAGCAUGCCUUCUCCAGAAUUCCACGGCAUAACCACGCCUCCCGAAACUCUUGAGGAUUAUCACUGUGGGCAGAUGCGUGGCCUUCAAGGUCACCAUAACUCGUGCUACCUUGAUGCCACACUUUUUAGUAUGUUUGCGUUCACAAGUGUGUUUGAUACUUUGCUGCAUCGUCACAAAAAAAAUGAUGAUUUGGAGGAAUAUGAUAAAGUGCAGAGUGUGCUGAGAAACUGGAUUGUCAAUCCUCUCAGAAUGUAUGUAAUGGCAUCAUAAUUUAAUCAACAGUUAAUACAUGGGGAAGUUUAUUGGGAAGAGAGGAAUAAAGUACAUGUCACACACUGUUACACUGGAUCCUUUUAGGAAAUAGAGCAGCCACCCACCCAUAAAUGAGCAACCUCCCGCGAACUGUUUUGAAUGUCUGGCUGACACUGGUUUUCAAUUUAAAUUUGUUGCACAUGCAAUUUUAGCAGUUCGUUAUAGACCUUACCAUAAUGUAGGGUUCAUUUUACGUGCCAUGCAGUGGUGGUAUCUUUCACAUUGAUCUUGCACUUUUACGUACAGAUUUCAUUGGAGUGUCAUGUCAGAUUCUUGAGGAUAAAUAUCUUAGUGUUAAAUAUUGUGUUAUUGCAGGACCGGUUUUGUUCGUGCAGACCGCCUUCUUGCGCUGAGACAACUUCUUGACCAGCUCAGUUCCACAGCAGGCCUAAUAAAUGAAGAAAAAGGUGAUAUGAAAACCUUAAAAUUGUACAUAAAAAUUACCAAGUAGAACAGUGUAUUACAUUCACAAAUCAGCAUGAUUUUGUGCACUCUUGAAUGUCCACUCUCUUUUUCUUACUUCAACAGUUUCAAAAUUACUUCGAGGUUUGCCACUGAUUCUAGGGCAUAGCUCAUGGAGACAAUUAAGCUUCAAGUGUGUCUCCUUUCUCUAAUGCCGGAAAAAGGGAUGAUUUUUCACAGCCUGGCAUGCUUUUAGUUCAGAGUAAUGUGUUAGUUUCCUCUUGCCCUCCCUAUGCAUUUCCAACUCUUAAAUGACCCGUUCUAUUCAGUGGUCCUUAGAAUGCGUUGGCAGUUGCUACUGAAAUGUCUCCGUACAGGUCAUCUUUUGUAAGCCGAUUGCACCUUCAAAGAAAGGUGUGAGCCAGUCAAAUUUAGAAUAAAAAGUCAACGAAGAUCCACUGUCUUUGUUGUUAGAUUAUCCUUGAUCAAAGUUCCACUCAGCAGCUGAGCGCAAACUUGACCCAAACUAUUUUUGAUAUUGUUGUCGUAAUUUUUCAGACCCAGAAGAAUUUUUAAACUCUCUCCUGCAACAAGUAUUAAAAGCGGACCCUUUUCUUCACUUGAAGUAAGUUAUUUUUAAAUCCGUUUUCUGCACUUCAUACUGUGUAUGAUUGGGGUUUUGCUCAAGCGCAAAUAAAACCUUGCUGUAUGGAUUUCACAGGCCCCGAGAUGUGCUAGCGAAGAAAGGUGAAGGAGCAUUCUUGUACCAGAUCAUAACUGACAAGGAUGAGUCGGUGAAAAUUGCUCAGGUUCAAACUAUGUUGGAGCAGUCUUUUAUCUCAGCGGAUCUCAUACUAUCUGAGGUAAGUGGGACGUGUGUUGAUGCAAGUAUUUUCUUAACGACAUGGCAAUUUCUAAUUAACACGCUGCAUUUUCGCUAGUAACCUUUGUAAGCCUUAGGUGAUAUUGUGAACAGCUUCACUCUCAGACGUGAUCAGAGCAUUUUCAAGCACAAAGGUGCCUCAAGCACAAAGAUUAUGUGCUAAGAAAAUGUCAACAACGCGAUAUUGUGUGAUUGAACACCAAAUUCUCAGCGCCAUGUUUACUAGUAAUGUAUGGCAGACAGUGCAGAGAAUUGAUAUUUAGAUCUGGGAGGGAUGGGGUUAAUUAAAAGCGUAACUACGUCACUUUUUUGCGUUUCGCAUUUCAUUUCCAAGUUUCGUCAGUUGUAAUCCUCACAUGAAUCAACCUUCUUGGACAUUGGUAUGACUCAGUUGUUUGUUUUCACAGGUACCAUCGUGUUUGAUUCUUCAGAUGCCUCGGUUUGGUAACAGAUACAAAAUGUACGACAUGAUUCUACCCAAUCUGGAACUCGACGUCACUCACAUCGUCGAAAAUGGUGCGUGCUACAGGGUUCUUAGCUCUAGUUUCUCUGUGUCACUAUUUGACGACCUAAAAUCAUGUACAAGGGUCGCUGCAAAAAAAAAAAUGUGGGAAAGAACACUUUGUGUUAAAGUUUGUAACGAUUUUAACGCCUUUUUUUAAAAUAAGGAAUUUGGCUGGGAAAACGCUCGAACAUCAAUAAUUUGUUAUGCAUAUUGUUAUGUCAGUUUAACUUUUCUCACUAAUGCAGGCGAACGUGGAAAGUUAAAAAUCUGUUUUCAGGGCCAGAAUAGACAAAUCUCUAUGAAUCAUAAGAAUAAAAUCGACUGGAUUGCGAAUUUUUUUCCCUCCGGCAUAGAUAUCCUUAACAGUAUCUAAUUUUAGAACUUCCCAGAAAUUCAGUUUCCAAAUAAGAAAUCCUUUCAACUAAAUCACGUUAGUCUCAUUCAUGUCUCCUAUUGCGCGUUACAAUGACUUCAGUUCUGUGACUUACAACGUCACUUGACUUCACUAUGUGACUUCGUCAUGAAAAGAGCUUGUUGUUAACGAAGUUCGUUAUGUUCCCAGUUCCCCGCGAAUGUACCAUGUGCGGCCACGACGUUGCUCAAUACGAGUGCAAGAAGUGCUAUGAAAUAGGUCUCCUGAAAGACGGACCCGGAAUAGCUAGCUACUGUAAAGGAUGCAAUGAGAAAAUGCACGGUCAUCGAAAACGUCAGGAUCAUAACCCAAAGCCGAUACUUCUACCUCGAGCGCACAGUCUCUUCAGUGACGAAAAGAAUACAGUGGAAAGACAGAUAACAAUCGAUAAGCAGAAAAUGGAUCUCUUUGCUGUUGUCUGUAUUGAGACAAGUCAUUACGUGGCAUUUGUUAAGUGUGGGAAGGAUAAAAAGGCCCCCUGGUGCUUCUUUGACAGUAUGGCGGACAGGAAAGGUGAGUCAGAACUCAUGACUGGCUAUGUUGGUCACCCCUUCACUUUUUGUGUGCGUUUUGUUUGUUUAUGAAGGGAGGGAAAGUUCAUAAAAAUCACUAGAGAUCAAAGACAGGUCACGACCUGACAGAAAUUAUGAGAAGUUAUGCUUAUUGUGCUUAUCAUUAUCGUUCGGCUGAAAUUCCGCUUUCAGUUGUUCUCAUCUCCCAAUUACAUUCCUUUUUUAAUUAUUAUUUUCGUUUUCACGGUUGUUCAAUAGUUACAUCGUAAUCGAUGUGUAAGGCGCCAGGGUACAAAAUUCAAAAUCAAAAUCCUAUUUUUUCGAUCAUUCAUAUGUAAUCUGAAUCCUUCAAGUUCCCGCCGGUCUUUCUUUAACUAUCCUCGUUUCUAUUUUACUGAAAGGUUUUCAAUCUCGGUAAAUAUUAUAUUAAGGAUAUUCGAUUUGGAUAUUUUACGUUUUUGGAAGCAUAGCAUCAUCUCAUGAGGGCUUAAAGAUGAUCAGGUCGGUUGAGUUCUUUUCAAAAUUAAAAUAGCUUAGGGUUUACAUGUGAUAAGAUUUGAAGAUUUUUUUUCAAGAAAAAGCUCUUGAGUUGGGUGUUGUAGAUCAAAGAAUUACGUGCUAAUAGCUUUAUGGAUACUAGUAGUGCUUAUAAAGUUCUUACUCAUUUACUCUGUUUUUUUGCUGCCUUGCUUUUCAGGAGAAAGAAAUGGUUACAAUAUCCCUGCUGUGACGCGUUGUCCCGAAGCACUGGAAUGGCUCUCCAAAACCCCCGAAGAAAUCAUUGCAGCAAAGGAGAGAGGCGAGAUGCCUGAAAAAGUACGUCGUCUGCUAGGAGAUGGAUAUCUGUGUAUGUACCAGAACUUGGACAUGACUAUGUAUAAAUAAAUCAGGAGACAUGCCAGUGGCCACGCCUCCAACACGUUCGAAUUACGUCGUUUAUGCGAGGAUGAACCGCUUCUUAAGUAGGAAGUCAAGUUAACUACUCUACACCGCAUGCAAUGCACGUGUAAAAUACUUGAGGAGGUGCCUCUCACUAGGGUAUGUAUUAGUAUUUGGGAGAGAAAUGUAUAUAAGGAAAAAUACAAAAGUAUUCUUUUUCAGGCGUAUGCCUAUAGUUUGUAAACUUAUUUUUUAGCAUCGCUCGCAUUUCUGUUAUGCGUCAUGAGCAACGUUCAUUGACACUAAAAUGAUGGAAAAAUUGAUAGUUGCAUGUAAAGCAGAAGAGAAUCAUUCAAAAUGAAAAACCAAAA